CAAGACGACCACGCCACCAGUUGCCGGAAGGUACGGAUUCCUAAACCAAGCGCAAAUUGCUGCUUUUCAGCCCAUCUCAUCUCGAUCGACACCAAGAAAGCAAGAAAGCGGGGGGAGAGAGAGAAAAGAGGCAGGCAAUGGAUAACAGCUGCACGAUGCUGUGGGAGAUCAUAGGCCCUGGUGUGUCUGGAGCGGUUUUCGCCGCGGGGUGGUGGUUCUGGGUUGACGCCGUCGUUUGUAGCGCCGUGAAGGUGUCCUUCCUCCAUUAUCUUCCUGGAAUUUUCGCAUCUCUUUCGGCUGUCAUGUUCAAUUCUGUCCGGAAAGAGGAUAUCUCUUACGACUACUAUUCCCCCUAUGGGGAUUCCGAGUGGAGGUUGAAGCUUUGGCUUUUUGUGGCUUAUGUCGUAUCCUUUGCUUCCUUAGCAGCAGGUGUGGGUUUGUUGGUGCAAGAUGCGCUCACUGACAAAGGUCCUUCUGCGUGGACUGGUGUUGCUGGUGUUCUACAGUGUGUCUUUGUUCUAAUCAGCGGAUUGAUCUACUGGACCUGUCAUUCUGAUGAUUGAACUUGGCUUUCUUGGGGAAAUGGUAAGUUUAACUGACGCUAUAACUUGGUUACUGAGCGGGGUUGAAGUUAUACAUAUUUUAUAGUGUAGAUUUCCUCUUACUUUUACAAUCGGCUGCUACCAACUUUACUACCUACUGUACAAGGAGUACAUUAUCCCAUGAACCUUAAUGUGUGGCCAUCUUUAAUGGAGGAAAAAGAAAAAUAUAUAAGAUUUGGGUUGAUAUUUGAGAAAUUGCUUUCCAAUGCUCUUUUUUGCUGUAUAAAUGUUCCAAUAUUUACUUCAGUA